AAUCUCAAAGUAUCUUAUCUCAAUUCAACCUUCAAUCUAUUAUAUGUACAUAGUAGCUAUAAAAUCUAACCAAAAUGAACUUCACAAAGCUUUUCGUUGUAUUCACUAUUCUUCUUGUUGCGUUCGCCGGCCAAGGUGAAUCAAGAAGUUUAUGGAAGAAAAUCUUUAAGCCAGUGGAAAAAUUGGGUCAACGAGUUCGUGAUGCUGGUAUUCAAGGAAUUGCAAUCGCUCAACAAGGUGCCAAUGUUCUUGCUACAAUCAGAGGGGGCCCACCGCAAUGAUAUUUAAUAUGGAUAAGAUAGACUAAUUGUUCUAAAUUUAUUUUUAGUUAUUUAUUCUAAUUUAAUAAACUAUCUAGAAUUAUUUUA